CAAUUAUACUUUCUACUGGGCCUUUUCUGAGGCUAUCACAAAAAUAAGUCUUCUUAUCCAACACAAGAUUUUAAUAACAGACAGUUCAUUGCCUGAUUAUUCCCAAACAAUCCCUUGCUGACUGCCUGUGCUGCAGAUUUGAGGAACAUAUAUAUUGAACUGGAUCAUGUCUUCCAUUAAGAUUGAGUUGGUUGUCAGAGACACAUACAGAAUUGGAGAGUCCCCAAUAUGGGAAGAAAAGGAAGGCACUCUGCUGUAUGUGGAUAUCACCGGACAGAAGGUUUGCAGGUGGAACCCCAGUACUAAUAAAGUGCAAGGUGUAUCUGUGGAUGCACCUGUUGGCUCUGUAGCAUUACGGAAGUCAGGUGGUUAUGUUGUUGCCCUUGGUACCAGGUUUGGAGCUCUGAAUUGGGAGGACCAGUCAGUAACUACACUUGCCCAUGUUGAUGAAGACAAACCCAAUAACCGAUUUAAUGAUGGAAAGGUUGACCCAGUAGGAAGAUUUCUUGCAGGCACCAUGUCCCAGGAGAUCAGACCUGCUGUUGUAGAGAGGCAACAGGGCUCACUGUACACUCUCUAUCCCGACCGUUCAGUAGUGAAACACUUUGACAAGGUGGACAUCUCUAAUGGCUUAGACUGGUCCCUGGAUCACAAAACCCUCUAUUACAUUGACAGCCUUUCCUAUACUGUGGAUGCAUUAGACUAUGACAUAAACACAGGAAAAUCUUCAAAUCGCCGGCAUUUGUAUAAAUUGGAGAAGGAUGAAGGAAUCCCAGAUGGGAUGUGCAUUGAUGCAGAAGGGAAGCUUUGGGUGGCUUGUUACAGUGGGGGCCGAGUGAUACGCUUAGAUCCUGAAACAGGAAAGAGAAUACAAACUGUAAAAUUACCAGUGGACAAAACAACUUCCUGCUGUUUUGGAGGAAAAGAUUAUUCAGAAAUGUACGUAACAUCUGCUUGUGAUGGGAUGGAUGAAGAUCUGAAAGCCCGUCAGCCACAGUCUGGAGGCAUUUACAAGAUAACUGGACUUGGCAUAAAAGGAAUAGCACCAACAGCAUAUGCAGGUUAAAAACACAGAAACAGCAAUUGCAUACUGUAACCCCUUACAGCAGAUGGCUGUUAAUUUGAUGAAUCUCACAUUAACAAACUUACUAACUGUUAAAGAAAACUAUCAGACUUGGCAUCUCCAAUUUCUAUCCCAAUAUCAUAACUGCUAAAAUAAAACAAAUAAAGAUCUAGAUUUUUUUUAAA